GUAUGCAAUGAAAUUGACAGAAAAGCCCCUGAGAAAACUUCUAGGAAGCAGAGAAGCACUUGCGGUUUGAUCCGCAGCAGAAUGAAGGUAUUGAGAUGAUAACUCUCUGUUUCUUAACUGUCAUGGAACCAGGCUUCACCAACUUUCUAACCUCUUUCCUUCAAAUGUAUCUAUAUAAACAUCCCAAGAGUCAUCGCCUACAACACAUUCACAUUCUAAAAUCUAUACCCUUUAUUUUUGAGCCCGGGAAUGGAAUUCGAAGACUUGCUACCGGUGAUCGCCGGUAAACUGGGCGGUGAGGGACUGAUUGAUGAGCUUUGCAAGGGGUUUCAGGUGCUGAUGGACAAGGAGAAGGGGGUGAUCACCUUGGAGAGUUUGAGGAAGAACUCUGCUACGAUGGGUUUGCAGGAUUUUAAAGAGGAAGAGCUUGCGAGCAUGAUGAGGGAAGGAGAUCUGGACGGUGAUGGUGCACUCUCUCAGAUGGAGUUCUGCGUUUUGAUGUUCAGAUUGAGUCCACAGUUGAUGCAGGACUCUUGGUUUUGGCUCCAACAGGCUCUUCACCAUAACAAUAACGCUUCCCUUUGAACUCAUUUCCAGGUUCUUCCAAAAACGACUCCGUUUUCACAAUUGAAAUCGGAUGGUAGAGAUACACCCUCACUCAAUAAUGUAUUACUCCUAUUUCAUAUUAUGUUUCUAGAAUCAUACAAUUUUAUGUUUAUUCUAACACCAUUUGCAAUGUUUUUGUGUA